GCAUCCGAACGCACCCUUCUCUGUACACGACCAUGCCUAAAAAGCAGACCUAUCCAUUUUGUGUUGCAGGAGUCGCAGGGUCUAUGGCAGCGUGCUGCACGCAUCCGCUUGACCUCACCAAAGUUCGCAUGCAGACCAUCCCUCCCCUGCCAGGUGCAAAACGCCCAUCAACGCUCUCGGUCAUCCGCACGACCGUCGCCGAGCAGGGCGUCAAGAGCCUGUACACCGGGCUGACGGCGUCUCUCCUGCGGCAGAUGUCCUACUCGCUCGUGCGCCUGGGGUCCUAUGAGAGCAUGAAGGAGCACUUGUCCAAGGAUGGCCGGCCGUCAGGGGGCACGCUGCUGCUGGCGGCGAUGCUCGCUGGUGGUCUGGGCGGCGUAGCUGGGAACCCUGCAGACAUCCUGCUAGUCCGGAUGACAAGUGAUUCUAUAAGGCCGCUAGAGCAUCGGUAUCAUUACUCGAAUGCGCUCAGCGGAUUGGUGACCCUUGUCCGACAUGAGGGUGCAAGGGGCUUGGCGAGAGGGCUUGGGACCAAUACAACAAGAGCUGUCUUGAUGAACGGUUCUCAAGUUUGGUCAUACGAUCUAUUCAAAACUAUUUUGCUACGACAUCGCAUACCGGUCAUUGACUACCAUUUUCACGACAACCUAGGCUUACAUAUGGCUGCAAGCACGUUAGCCGGAACGGUAGCGACUACCGUUUGCUCUCCUGCGGAUGUCAUGCGGUCAAGACUUAUGUCAGCGAAAGGCAAAUCCCGCCCUCUAGAGGUGCUCACGCGCUCCUUGCGCGAAGAGGGCCCCAGAUUCCUCUUCAAGGGAUGGACACCAGCAUUCAUCCGUCUGGGGCCCAACACAAUCUUUAUGUUCGUGUUCCUCGAGCAAUUGAAGAAGGGCUGGAGGACCCUCUUCCCCGCCCAGUGACGGGGCAUUUCCUCCGGCUUUAGAGUGUCCGUAUGUAUGACAAUAUACCGCAUCGGGAAUUGUUUGGGGGCAGAGAUAUCUUUGGCAUAGACAUGCUACAGUAUAUAGCGACUAUAUAGGAUUUAGAACGUACUACGAAUACCCGUAGACCAGUUGUCUCCCAGCUUCUCCGUCUCUGUUAUCUUUCAAUUUCAAUCGUCACGCUUUAAGUCCACCGUCC